AUGGAUGUAAUAAUGCACGAAGCGAGUCAAAUUGAAUCAACGGAAAAUGAUGAUAUUUUUAAAAUGAAUGGAAUAAUUACAAAUGGUACGAAUAACGUAUCACAAAUUGUUAAAAUCGAACCCGUCGAUAUUGAAUUCAGAAAUGUUUUAUUUAAAGCAUCUUUGGGUUUUCGAAAAGGUAAAAAAAAAAUAUUACACGAGGUCAACGGUCGUUUUCCACCUGGAAAACUCAUAGCUAUAAUGGGACCUUCGGGAGCUGGAAAAUCAACACUAUUGGACGUUCUCUCCGGAUAUAGAAUUACAGGUGUCGAUGGUACGGUUUUGAUCGACGGAGCCGAAAGAGAAUUAAACAGUUUUAGAAAAAUGUCAUGUUACAUACAACAAGACGACAGACUUCAAACCUUGUUGACAACUUGGGAAAACAUGAAAAUUGCUGCGGAUUUAAAAUUGGGCGUCGAUGUUAAAACAUCAGCCAAAGAAGAAAUUAUAACAAAGAUUCUCAAAACGAUAGGUUUACACGAUGCAAGAUGGACAAAAGCAGGGAAAUUAUCCGGGGGGCAAAAAAAAAGAUUGUCCAUCGCUUUAGAACUCAUUAACAAUCCCCUUGUUUUAUUUUUAGACGAGCCUACGACGGGUUUGGAUAGUUCAUCGUGUACGCAAUGCGUUCAGCUACUUAAAGAAUUGGCACAACAAGGAAGAACAAUCAUUUGCACGAUACACCAACCGAGUGCUUCCCUUUUUCAAUUAUUCGAUUUAGUUUACGUACUUUCGAGAGGACAUUGUUUGUAUCAGGGUUCGACGAUAAAUUUAAUACCAUUUUUAGAGAAAAUCGGCAUGCCUUGUCCGAAAUAUCACAAUCCUGCCGAUUUCGUUAUCGAAUUGGCAAGCGGUGAAUACGGCGAAGAAAAAAUUCAAAAAAUGGUAACGGCAACGGAAAAUGGUAAAAACGUGUCGUGGUACGAGAAUCCGAUGGAAAUGACGGUACCCAAAUACCCGGGAUUGAGAAAAGACUAUUUUGAAAAAAGUGAAAAAAAUAAAUCGCUUCAAGAAACGUCGACGAUGAAUCAAGUAAAAGUUUUAAUGAGAAGAGGUUUUAUAAAAGCUAAAAGAGAUUCUACUUUAACUCAUUUGAGAAUAGCCGUUAACAUUUUAACAGGUAUCAUGUUGGGAGUACUUUUUAUAAAAGCCGGAGAUGAUGCGAGUAGAAUUUUAGAUAAUUACAAUCUCAUGUUUGCCAUUUUAAUGCAUCACAUGAUGUCCACGAUGAUGUUAACGAUACUGACUUUUCCUAGUGAAAUAAACAUAUUAAUCAAAGAACAUUUUAAUCGAUGGUAUUCGCUCAAAGCUUAUUACGUAUCCCUCACGGUUGUCGAUUUACCCGUAACGAUAAUCGGUUGCGUUUUAUUCACGAUAAUUGUUUAUUUCAUGAGCGAUCAACCACCUGAAAUAAAUAGGCUUUCAAUGUUUUUUACAAUAUCCUUAUUGGUUGUUUUUGUCGCACAAGGAUUCGGACUCAUGAUAGGAGCAGUUUUCAACGUUGUUAAUGGUACCUUCUUAGGACCCACACUCUCAGUACCGAUAAUGAUGUUUUCCGGUUUCGGCGUUGCACUCAAGGAUUUACCCUAUUAUAUGAAAUGGGGAAGCUACGUGAGUUAUUUGAGAUACGGUAUCGAGGGUUACGUGGGAGCCAUUUACGGUGGACAAAGAUCGAACCUACAAUGUCACACGCAUUACUGUCACUAUAGUUAUCCGGAUAAAUUUUUAAGAGAAGUCGAUUGGUCUGGAGAUCAAUUUUGGAACGAUGUAUCGGCAUUAGUCAUAAUCGUUUUCAUAUGUCGAAUAGCCGCAUUCGUUUUGCUCAAAUGGAAAUUAAUCGCCAUUCGAUAA